GCGGCCGCCGAGCUGAGCGCGCGCGGGGAAGAGGAUGCUAGGGGUGACAGGCUCAUCCAUGAUCAGGACUUGGUCUGGCUGCAGCAAGCAGAUGUGGUUGUGGCUGAAGUGACCCAGCCAUCCUUGGGUGUAGGCUAUGAGCUGGGCCGGGCCGUGGCCCUCAAUAAGCGAAUCUUGUGCCUGUUCCGCCCGCAGUCUGGCCGAGUGCUUUCAGCCAUGAUCCGGGGAGCAGCAGAUGGCUCGCGGUUCCAGGUGUGGGACUACGAAGAGGGAGAGGUGGAGGCCAUGCUGGAUCGAUACUUUGAGGCUGAUCCUCCUGAGCAGGUGGCUUCCUCCCCUGCCCCAACCACUUGACUUAAAACCCACUUUAUUAAAUAAUUCUGAUCCCAGACUCUGCUCUAGUACCAUUCCUGCCUCUGAGCCCCAAUACCAAAUUAAAAGGUAUGUUUAUAAUCCUAA